GCCGCCAUGGCCUCCUCUGGCGGCCGGGCCCGCCGGGAUCACCCCGGCUCCAUUCGGGGCUUCGAUGAGCCCUCGGCUGCUGAGAAGACACGGUGGCCUCUCCGGGCCGCUGCAGCGCGGGGCAUGGACACUGCGGGCCUCACCCUGAAGCUGCUCCUGGUGGGGGACAGCGCCGUGGGGAAGUCCAGCCUGCUGCUGAGGUUCACCGACGGCGCCUUCGAGCCCUGCCUCAAGCCCACGGUCGGUGUUGAUUUUAAAGUGAAGAAAAUGGUGGUAGACGGCCACUCAGUGCAGCUUGCAAUAUGGGACACGGCAGGACAGGAGCGCUUUAGAACACUGACUCCCAGUUAUUACCGAGGAGCUCAAGGGGUUGUUUUAGUGUAUGAUGUUACAAGAAAAGACACUUUCGCAGGACUAGAGAGCUGGCUGAAUGAGCUGGACAUGUAUACCACCAAAAGCAACACUGUGAAGAUGUUAGUUGGCAAUAAAACGGAUAAGCCUGAUCGUGAAGUAGAGAGAAAGGAAGGACUCCAGUUUGCUAGGAAACGCUCACUGCUUUUUAUAGAGACCAGUGCCAAGACACAAGAUGGAGUGCAACAUGCCUUUGAGGAACUAGUCAUAAAGAUCCUGCAGACGCCAGGUCUUUGGGAUAAAAGUGCCCAAAAGCGGGGAGUCCAGCUGACGGAAUCUGCAGCGCAGCGGGACAAAGGCUUAUGCAGUGCAUACUGUCCACUUUCUUAGAUCUACAGGUGGCUGCUGUGUCUGAAUGGAGUAGAUGACUACUUUUUUAUUUUUUGUAAAUAGUAGCCUGUGCCUUGUUUGACCUGCCAUCAAUUGUGUAGAUCCAAAACCCAGACUGAUCAGCAAAAUACGUUUUUGUUCCUUAACGAAAACAGUUCAUUCUUAUGCACAAUUGAUAGCUCCAGAUAUUCUUCUGGUAACGAGUGCUGCUAAAGUAUCCUGCUUCUGCUGUAUGGCACUUAACAUGGACUUUUUCUGAAAUUCCUGCCUUGGCAUAAAAUGAAGUAGUACUCCAUUUGGGGAUAUUAUUGAAAAGCUUCUCUUCCCCAGAAUUUCAUGGGAGUCUUUUAGGCACCCAAAUUCCCUUAUAACAGUCAGGGGUCACCAUGAGCAAUGACAGUGUUUCCCUGUUCCAGAUGUUUUAAGCAGUCGAAAUUGCUACUUAUCCCCAUAUAGUAAGCUGAGUUCUUACUUAAUUUCAGGGUUGUAGUGAAGAGGUGUAUCUAUUAACAUUUGGCAGGAAAAAAACCCACUUUUUCUGGAGUACACUGAAGGUUACCCUUUGCUGCUCUUCAUAUACUUUGUGCUGAGGAUCAGCAGUGAAAUGGAGUCAUCAUUUUGGGUUGGUUCACACGUUGGGUCCUUUUUAGUUAACGGGAGGCUCUGCAAACCCCUGUUCCUGCUGUCAUUCAGCAAUCACAGGGCUAAAACUAAUUUUAAUAUGCAAUGUGCUGGUUAUGGAAGACUUUCCAUUAGGAUGAGUGAGUCUGUUGCCAAUCCCAUUAUGAAGUUCUGUCAGGUAACUGUCAUUUUUGCCAUUUCCCACCCCCAUUACACUCACUGCCUUUUCUUGAACUGAGUGGUGGAAGAUGGUAGCCUGGACUCUGAUCUUGGUAGCAAUGCCUGCAGAAGACUUCUGGUUGGCUGCCUGCAACGCUGUGAAAAUACCACAUUUGGGGAAGGUAUUAAAAGCAUUUAAAACUGAAGUGCUUGUAAACAAGUGACAAAUCCAAAGUAUGUUGUUCAUUACAGCACAUUGUCCAGACACAACAGAGAAAUCGGGCCUUUUUAAGAUGCAUGUUUUGAUGAUUCAUUGCUCUCAAGUCAAUUUAUUGGUGGGAGUGCCUUCAUGAGAAUCACCAGUGGUUUGUUGUGAGUGUUCACACAACGCAGCUGAAGACACGGCGUAUAAACUUCACCCUCCCUUGGGAACUGUUCUAGCUUGUUCUCUGCAACGUUGGUCUGGUGGAGCUGGUUUCUUCUGUGAAAAAGUGUGCCUGUAUAAUUGUUGCUAAAGUGAAUAGAAACACCUGGAUUGGGUUUUUGCAUCAGCUUCUGCCCCACGACGUAAGCGGCUGUGUCGCUGGAAUAUCGCUCCUGUGUAUUUCCCUCUCCUGAAAUCGGUCUGAGGGAGAUUGCAGAUCUUACAGUAGUUUUAAAUGUCUUUUUAGCAGUAGAAACACAAGUGCUGCUUACGCUUUCAUCUUGGUUUUGGUCUAGAAGAUGUCCUUUUGGAAUACUCAGAUCAGCUUACGAGAGAACAGAAGAGAGUGAUUUCUGUUGGUGUGACCGGUAGCAGCUGGAUCGGUCCUGUCAGCAGAUCAGAGUGUCUGCAGCAAAGUGGGAGCCUCUCACAAUUUGAGAUUGUCUGGAAUGUCCAGGUGGAGCUGCAAACGGAGCAUGGACACCAGAAAAUAAAGAGUAGGAAGUCAUGUUAGAAGAUGGGAGGCUGUGGCAGCUGUAAUCUCCAGGUGGAAAUGCAAACGGAGCAUGGACACCAGAAAAUAAAGAGUAGGAAGUCAUGUUAGAAGAUGGGAGGCUGUGGCAGCUGUAAUCUCCAGGUGGAAAUGCAAACGGAGCAUGGACACCAGAAAAUAAAGAGUAGGAAGUCAAAUUCAGAAGAUGGGAGGCUGUGACAGCUGUAACAGAGCCAUAAAACCAGGGGGAAGGCUAGGAAGGAGACAAUCAGGAGGAGGUGGAGAUGAAUGACUUCCCAUCAGCAGGCCAUACCAUGGUCUUGGUGCAUUCACUGCUCCUUGGGGAGGGUUUUUUCCUGGUGACAGGUAUGAGUUUUAUGCAAUGAGCCCAACACCGAGGUAGUUGCUUCUUUCCUACGUUUCCUGGGGUUAAGAAGAAACUGGAAGGAAGACCCUUCUGUUGCUGGGCUGUUGAAUGUGGGCAAAACCGCUCCGCUGGUCAGUGCUGCAGUUGGUAUCUGCCUUCCUUGGAAGGCCUCAUUUUUAAGAAUGGCAUAUUUUUUUAGAAAUAAUUAAACAGCUGGCAGCCCUUUUAAAAGUAACAUCGUCUUCCUUUGCAUCAUGCUUCCGUUUGCUGCAAAUGCAAUCCUACUAAUGAAUGCUUCCUCUGUUAUAUUUGGGGGAAGAAACCCAGAACCAAAAUCUACCUUGAUUAAUUUAUGAAUUUUUGUUGUUUUCUGUAGUAAUAACAAUUUUUGAAGGAAGUGAUCUAAAUGAGUCUUCCAUUCAGUUUUGAAUAUAGUCAGGGUUGAAAGUACUAAUGUAAAUAUACACACUUAUUCAUACUAGAAACUACAAGAAAUAUGUCUCCAGUUCCAGAUUUGCAAAAUGAAAUGUAAAAUUUAGUGCUUAGGCCUGAGUGAACUAGUCCUGCUGUGGAAUGUUUCUACGCAGUGAAAAAGGUAUUAUCUGAUGGUCUAACUUUGCCUUUGCAACCUCAAAUAUAAAGGAAAACAAACUAUAUUACAAAUUCAGCUGGCGGUAUCACUGGAAGGUAUCGUAGAUCCUUCUGCUAUGAUACCAGAAGCGUGUGGUUGUACUUUUAGAUUUUACCCAUUUGGAGGUGCCUGCUGUAAAAGAGUAGCUGAAGUUAUGUAGGUGUAAGUCUGACUUAAAACUGUGCAGGGAAAGGAUAUGAAUGUGCUGUGAUAAAGGCUGUUAUGGAAAUGUUGACCAAAGGCAAUGUCUCAUCACAGGAUCCACUGAAAUAUUAAGGGGGAAUGUGUACAUGGGGGUAGGUAACAGGAGCCUGGCAGUGGGCAUUUGCAACUAUAUAUAUAUAUAUGUAUGUAUCUAUAUACGUGCCUUACAAGUAUCAUUUCAUUAGCCAGAAAAUGUGUUUUCAAAUGUGCCCUUUUUUUAUAGCUCAAAUAGAGGCAAGCAGAAUAGGAAAAUAAUGAACAUCACUGUGGAAAACUAAGGUAUUUUGGAGAGGUCUGUUGACUAUAAGCCUACCUAUGAUCAUAAGAAUUCUGAGACUGGUUGGCAGGGAUGUACUUCAAUUUUUGUUUAUAGUGUAACUAUUAUUUUAUUAUAACUUCAAACUAAAUAAAUUGUGUUGGGUUGCUUUUAAAAUGAUAUAUAUUUAGUUAACUGUGUAUUGAACUAGAAAAAUACUGAACCUUAAAAAAAUCUGAAAGUAGUAAGAAAGCAUUGGGUAAUUACAAAAGAGAGCAAGGGAAACAGUCUGUAGAACAAAAUUCCAGGUAGGUAUUUGGGUUGAAGGACUCCCUAUGUUGGGGGAGGGGAUGUGGUCUUAGUGCUAAUGGAUCCUUUGUUGAAGUUGCAUUUUGUUGCUAUUUUAUUCUGAUAUUCUCAAUAAAUAUUGCCAGUAUUUUAGUAUAAAGAAAA